AUGACGGACACCACAACAGCAGCUGAUAUUUUCACCGCCCUCGUCGGAGCGCUGGACAGGGUCGGAGUGGACUGGUCCCGCGCUGUCAGCCUGGCAACAGAUGGCCUGAAUCACCGCCAGUUUGACAGCCCUCUCAGAGAAAAAGACCACAACUAUGGCCUGCCAUACCACACCGAGCUCUUGGCCAAAGCAGAACACUAUGCCUGGGUAGCUUACUGGGACCAUUCUUCUGCCACCCUGCUGCCUGCCAAGCUCAUCCCCAUCUCGUCUCGUCUGUUUGGAUUUCAGUUCCCUAGCUCACAUCAGAAGAUUUACUGCCUGCCUAUCCUCACUGAAACCUCACAGAACGAUCUGGCCACAAUGGACCCCGCAGACACAGCUUCCGAUCCAACGUUGCUCCACAAAGCCAUCUCCAGUCAAGCUUCUCCCAGCCAGAACCCAGCUCCUGAACCUGCGCCACCUCUUUCUCCACUGCGGGACUUCUACACUACAAUCCCAGAGCUCUUCUCCGGAGAACUGGAUGAAUGCAGAAGAUUUCUUCUUCAGUGUGACAUGGUGUUUCAGCAAUGGCCUCUCACUUUGGAUUCUGACAGGUCUAAGUUUGGAUUUCGGUUCAUCAGCUCACCUCAGGAGAUUCCUGCCUGUCUGUCACACCUGCCUGCCCAACUCCACUCAAAAUAA